UUUGGCAGAUGAGCUCCGCCGAGGAGGAUUGGGAGAUCUGCGCGGAGGGGCCGUGCAGGUGUCAACCGGAGACGAAAUCGGUGUCCUGCUGGAGACAGAAUCUGUUGGACCUCCCCGCGGCGCAGCUAGUUCCCCGAGAUGUGUUGAAACUAGCGAAACGGACGAAGCCGGUUUCUCGCGAUCGUUCGAUCGAUGAUCGUUCUUUCCAGAGAUAUCAGCGACAACGCGAUCGAGCAUCUUCCGCUGAAUUUGUUCUUCUCGCUGCACGCCGUCACGCGGAUCAGGCUGAGCAAGAAUUUGCUCGUGGAGUUGCAUCGAUCUCAAUUUCUAAGCACACGAAACCUUCUCACUGCCCGACACGACGCAGAGACGCGUCCUCCAACAGGUUGCGAACUCUGCCAGAAAGUCUUUUCUUGAGCACCACCUCGCUGGUCCUACUCGAUCUGUCUUGCAAUCGACUUUCAAGCUUCGCGUCAGAAACGUUUCGCGGACUGUCUUCGUUGGAGGAGCUCCUGUUGGGAAAGAAUCGGCUCUCGAUCCUUCCUGUGGACCUGUUCAAGGACCUGACCAACAUAAAGUAUCUCGGUUUGGAGGAGAACCGACUGAAAGAACUACCGGACCAGCUGUUCCGCGCGCAAUCGUCGCUUCGCGAGUUAAACGCAAGGGGCAAUCAACUGACAGAAAUAUCGGCGAGUUUGUUGUCGCCGCUCGAACAUCUACGCUCCCUCGAGUUGUCCAACAACAAGAUAGCCAGAAUCGAAUCAUCGGCCUUUCAAGGCUUGGUGGCGUUGAAAGAACUUCAAUUGGGGCACAAUCGUAUACGAAACUUAACGCCAGGACUGUUCACGAAUUCCACCGGUUUGGAGAGACUCGUGUUGUACGCGAAUGGCAUAGAGAGCCUGUCACGUGGCACGUUUCACGGUUUGUCGAAUUUGACCUCUCUUUUCCUCCACUCCAAUCAUCUGAGGAUUCUGCACCCCGAGUUGUUCGAUGAUACGCCGAAUCUGCGAAAAUUUAACGACGUGGCCUUGCUGAAACACGAAGAAAUUUUCGUUGAUGAUACAUGUUUUAAAUGUACACUCAACGCAUAUGAAUUUGUUGAAACGUUUCGUUUACAAUUAGAGAUGAGAUUAAAUACAAUAUGUACAGUACAAUACUUG